GAUGAUGAUGAUGGUUAUGUUAAUUACAUAAGCAAAGCGUAAAUGAUUCGCGGGAAAAGGUGAAAAAAUGGCGACGUUCACUGACUGCAUAUCUGCGCCGCUUGAGCUGUAAAAACAGCAGAAACUCUCUUACACUUCACGAAUGGGAUUUGGGGCUGCCAGAGGAGGAAUAGCUGCACUUUUGGCGCGUUUUACCCGCGGGAUUGGAGAGAAAUCAAAGCGGAAGUGUAGUUGUGUCUAUUGUCAGCAUGUUGGAAUCGGCCUGUCGGGACGGAUAUCUGACAGUCGGGUCGGAACCUCUAGAAGCCAAGCAUCUGCUUCCCAAGAGAGAGAAAACCUGCAGUGACCAGGAGACCAACUUGACCGUGGGCCAGUACGUGCUGUGCCGCUGGUCGGACGGCCUUUACUACCUGGGCAAGAUCCAGAGAGUGAGCACCUCAAAACAGAGUUGCUUUGUGACAUUUGAAGACAACUCCAAGUUCUGGGUGUUUUGGAAAGACAUACAGCAUGCUGGUGUCCCUGGGGAAGAACCCAAAUGCUCAGUGUGUUCUGACAUGUCUCUGGUUCCUGGUAAUGAAAUUCUUAUCUGCGGGAAGUGUGGAAUAGGCUAUCACCAGCUCUGCCACUUGCCCCCAGUGGAGAGCUCAGCUGACCUUCAUCCAUGGUUCUGCAGGAAGUGCAUUUUUGCUUUAGCUGUGAGAAAAGGGGGAGCUCUGAAAAAGGGGCCAAUCUCCAAAGCGCUGCUGAACAUGAAACAGGUGCUGCCCUAUAAUCCAGAGGAGCUGGAGUGGGACUCUUUGCACCGUACGAACCAUCAGCAGUGCUACUGCUACUGCGGAGGACCCGGAGAGUGGUAUCUGAAAAUGUUGCAGUGCUUUCGCUGCGAGCAGUGGUUUCAUGAGGCGUGUACACAGUGCCUACAGGAGUCCAUGAUGUUUGGAGAUAGGUUUUACUUGUUCAUUUGUGCGGUGUGCAAUAAAGGAGCAGAAUACAUCAAGCGGCUGGCUCUCAGAUGGGUGGAUGUGGUCCAUCUUGCCCUGUACAACCUGGGAGUCCAAAGUAAAAAGAAAUACUUUGAACUGGAGGAGAUCCUGACCUUCAUCAGCAACAACUGGGACCAUUUCCAGAUGGGCAAGCUCUCCAAUACUCCUCUGUCUGAACGGGGCCAGUAUAUUCUUGAUGCCCUCAACAACUAUAAAAGCAAGUUUCUCUGUGGCAAGGAGAUCAAGAAGAGGAAAUACAUUUUCCGACUAAGGACAAGGGUCCCUCCUAAUCCCCCAUCUAAGUUGUUUCCGGAGAAGGCCCAGAACAGUGAGGGCCACAGGGGCCGCAAGAAAGGGGCCAGCAGAAGCAGUAGCUCUGUUCCUGCAGAGAAGCGGAAGAGGGCCAAGUGGCUGCUGGAGGAUGCUAUUCCUAAUAAUGACCUCACCUCUACCUGGGGCACCAAUCAUCACAUGGCCAACAUAUUCGACUUCACGCUGGACGAGCUGCAGAGUUUAAAGAGCACCAGUUCAGGACAGACGUUCAGUAUGGAUCAGGACUCCACCGAUGCAGCCAGUACUUCUGGUUCCGCCACCACCAGCGUUUCCUAUGACUUCAGGAAAAAUGUGGGCAGUCGGAAGAGAAAGUUACCCUCCUCUAAUUACACCGUGCUGGCCACAAAAAGAGAGAUGGUGGAGCGUGAGCUGAGCCCCAUCAGCAUGCCCGGAGAGGAGAGUAACGUCAUGAUGGAGAACAGCAUCGACAGCCACACCUUUGAGAGCAUCAGCGAGGACGAUUCCUCACUGUCAAACCUUAAGUCUUCCAUCACCAGCUAUUUUGGGGCGGCCGGUCGGCUCACCUGCGGGGAGAAGUAUCAGGUUCUGGCUCGCAGGAUCACACCUGAAGGCAAGGUGCAGUAUUUGGUGGAGUGGGAAGGAACUACACCUUACUGAAUAUCACAGAACAGAGGUAUGGAACAGAUGGGCCGUGAAGGAAGGUGUUACGCAGUCUCCA